AUGUGUUCGUGGACGAGUGUCAUAGUUUUAUUUUUAUUUACUAGUGCAACAAUAGCAGGAAAAAGAAAAAGUGAACCAGAGUCCAUAGGAUUUCCUGAAUCUGAAGAGGACCCUGCCCUUGCUAAUAAAGAUGAUCGUCAACCAGUUUACAUUCCUGCUACCUGUCCCAUAGGCGAGCUAUUCUAUCCUGGCGACCAGAAAGAUGACUGGAUUUGCGAUUGCAGACCUGCAUACCUGUAUCAUCCAAAGACGGACCAAUGCUGGCCAGCAUACAGGACGGGACCUUGCAGCAAUGGUUACUAUCUCGUCUUGGGCCCAGACUCUGCCAUUCCGUACUGUGAAAAAAAUCCUUGCAUCAUUGACAGUAUGGUUAUGUAUAGCGGCAAAUGUGAGUUAUUGAACACAAUAUCUCCCUGCAACAGUGUGUGGCCAGACUUCGAAGUGUUGACAGUGAACUCUACUACUUUGACCAUAACGUGCGAGAAGCUUAUCUUCGAGACAAGAUUCAAGGAAAAAGAGACAAUCUUUCCAAAGUGUCCAACUGGCGGGAAAAGAAGUAUUAACGGCAAAUGUAGGCCUAACUCUACACAAUAG